GUCGCGUCCAGCGUCGUUUUUAUAUCGCUCAGCUGAAGCUUCUUCUUGUAGGCGGCAAACUUUGCAUAUCUUCAGCGCUGCUCCCUCAUCUCCUGAAGCGCCCUCGCCUCCCUCUAAUCCGCGCCCGAGCCGCAUCCCAGAUCGUGCUGGACAUACGUCGUCGUCUUUGGCCGGCUUCCCCGACCUCUCCAAACCCCGACACUACCUAACGCAGGUGGCCAGUCACCCCACGACCGCAUCCGCCAACCUCUCCUCUCCACAAACGUCUUGGCCGUAAUCGCCAAUUCAAACCAAACAUUGGAGUUUUUUAUUUGGGGUCUUUGACUGAAUCUAUCGCAAACGCCGCGUCGACAUUCAUCGUCGAGAGCGGGACUGAGCAUCUCGUGACCUUGGGAGCUUAUUGGGACCCUGGCAUACCCCCUCCCUGCGCCUCUCUCCGUCGACUUCAUCCACGGAGCGCAUUGGAAUUUUUGUCGCCGACAUCGUCUUGCUUCAGGGCCUUUGACCGGAAUACGCCCUCCGAGAGCUUCGCCGACUAUUGAAGGAAACCUUGCGGCGACCGAUCGAUUGGCGCCCAGGACGCAACCCCCUACUUAUCCCUACACCAAUACCCCGACCGCAAAUACCAAGACUUGCCCACCAUGUCCAAGGUGAUGCGAAGCGUCAAAAAUGUGACCAAGGGUUACUCCAGUGCCCAGGUCAAGGUCAGAGAAGCGACCAGCAAUGACCCCUGGGGUCCGACUGGUACUCAGAUGAGCGAAAUCGCUCAGAUGACCUACAACACUUCUACAGAGUUCUACGAGAUUAUGGACAUGAUCGAUAAACGUUUGAACGACAAGGGAAAGAACUGGCGACACGUCCUGAAAGCUCUCAAGGUUCUUGAUUACUGUCUGCAUGAGGGCUCAGAGCUUGUCGUCACUUGGGCUCGCCAGAGCAUUUACAUUAUCAAGACCCUGCGAGAGUUCCAAUACGUCGAUGAAGAGGGUCGCGAUGAGUUGACUGCUCUGAUUUUGGACGAGGAUAGACUACGAGCCGAGCGAAGCGAUCGGAGAUCCUGGAAGUCGCGCGUUACCGGACUCGAGGAGUUCGCCCCCCAGCACGCCGAGCCCGCCGCCGCCGCACAUGGGAACCGGCGCCAGCGUGAGAGGCGGGUGGCGAAUGAUGAGGAAGACACCGAGUAUCGCUUGGCUAUUGAGGCCAGCAAGUAUCAAGAGGAGGAAGACCGGAAAAAGAGAGAGAGCCGACAGCAUGGGGGGGGUUUCGAGGAUGACGAUGACUUGCAAAAGGCGAUCAAGCUUAGCCAAGAGGAAGAGGAGAAGAGGCGCAAGGAGUUGGAGGAGAGCAACGCUCACUCUCUCUUCGACGAUGAUCCUGUCCCUCAGCAGCAAACCAGCCAGCCACAGUACACUGGCUUCAACCAAGGAUACCAGCAAGGAAACCCAGUCGACUUCUUCGCAAACCCCAUCGACCAGAACCAACCCCAACCCACUGGUUACAUGGCCAAUGCCUAUACCGGGUUCCCGCAGCAGGGACAGCAGCCCACUGGCUUCCAGACGAACCUCAGCACCGGCUUCGGCCAGCCCAUGAACAUGGAUCCUUAUGGCCAGCAACAGGUCCAGCAGCAGCAACAACAACAACUGGCCUUCCAGCAGCCUCAGCCCACUGGCUUCAACCCCUACCUGCAACAGCAACCUCAGCAGCCGCAACAGUCACUAUCGUCACCAGCUUCCCCUGAUACCACUCUGCAGCCCGGUAGCAACAAUCCUUGGGCAACUCACCAGAACCAGACUGCGCUGCAGCCCACUCCAACUGGAUCCAAUAACCCAUUUGCCCAGUUCGGCCGCCCACAAUCUGCCCGACCCAACCCCAUUUCUUCCCUGGGCGCUCUCCCUGAGCAAAAGACCCUCAAUACCUUUAGUAGCCAACCCCAGCUGCAGCAGCAGAACAGCUUCCCCCAGGCACAACCGGCAUUCAACGCUCCCCAGAAGGAGAUGAACGAGCACGAGACCCGGCUCAACACGCUGCUCGCUACUGGUGACGGUAUGGACACCUUUGGCAACACAGGUAACCUCCGUAUCCCCGCCCAGCACACAGCCCCUGGCACAUUUGUCAACAGCGCUGGUGCGGGUGUGGCCCGAAUCAAUGCCGAGGCAACAGGAAACAACCCAUUCCUUCGACAGCAAUUCACAGGCAUGCCCACUGUCAACUACGGCGCCCAGAUGCCUGCAGCUACUGGGCCUGCGGGCUUGAACGGCCAGACCAACAACCCUUUCGCUGCCCACCCAGGACCGCAACAACAGCAGCAGAACCAAGACCUGAUCCAAUUCUAACCCCAGCUUUGAGAUCUUGACUCACGUCCCUCCAUCUCUGCCGGCCAUCUCUGGCUGAGCGACUCCUCUAUUUGAUCAUCCACCUUUUCUUUGUUACACCUUCAUCUUCACACCUUCCGGACCCAAUCCGAUUCCCGUGUUUUGCGCAGGCGAAGUAUGGUAUUCCCCUGUUCACAGUACAUUUUUGUGGCUUUCGACCAAAGUUGAGCUGGUAUCUGGGAGGCCUAGUUGUCGGGAAUAGGAAGCUAUUGCGAUGAUGGACUAUGGGGAAUUUAGACAGCGCGCCUGACGCAUUCAAAAACAAUUCUUAGAUCUCAUUGAAAUCUACUCCAUACUCCGUUGCAA